GAACCAAGAACACUACUACCCGACCUAGCUAAGUGAGCUAUUUACCCUGCCCAAACACUACUAGUAUGAAGGUCACCCAUAUCAUCGCUCUUGCUGCGGCGGUUGUCGCUUCGAUCACCGUGCCAUCUGAUGCAGCGUGGGGCUUGACGACGCAAGUAAAGAGCAACCACGUGCAGUUUGGCCGUCAGCUUGGAGCUGGCAGUCUUCGUGGAUCAGAGCAGCAGCAGGUGCAGCAGAGCUCACCCACGCAGACGGGUUCCAGUCAAGCCCAGGAGAGUAGCAGCUCGGGGAAGAGCGACGAUGUAGGCGAGAAGAAGGAUGACGACAAGAAGGACGACGGCGGUGAUGACACCAAGGAAAGUGGUGGCGAUAAGAAGGAAGACGGCGGCGACGACAAGAAGAAAGACGGCGGUGACGACAAGAAGGGCGACGGUGGCGACGAUAAAAAGGACGACGGCGGCGACGACAAGAAGAAAGACGGCGGCGACGACAAGAAGAAAGACGGCGGUGACGACAAGAAGAAAGACGGCGGUGACGACAAGAAGGGCGACGGUGGCGACGAUAAAAAGGACGACGGUGGUGACGAUAAGGACCAAAAGGAGAAGAGUGAAGACGAUGGCAACACUGACGAAGACGAGAAGCAAGAUGACGGGAACACCGACGAGGACGAAAAGAAGGACGGCGAGAAAACCGGCGAGGGUGAAAAGCAGGAGGGAGGUGAGAAAAAGGAGGAGAGUGGUGACAAUAAGGACGACGACAAGGGAGGUGAUAAGGGGGAUGACAAGGGAGGUAAUGAGGGCGAUGACAAGGGGGACGACAAGGGAGGUGAUAAGGGAGACGACAAGGGGGACGACAAGGGAGGUGAUAAGGGAGACGACAAGGGGGACGACAAGGGAGGUGAUAAGGGAGACGACAAGGGGGACGACAAGGGAGAUGAUAAGGGCGAUGACAAGGGAGGUGAUAAACAGGAAGGCGGUGAAAGCAAACAGAGUGACGAGAAGCAAGGGGGGAGCGGCGAAAAGAAGGAGGGUGGUGUAAACAACGAUACUGAAGAAAAACAACAGGGUGGCUCAACCUCUGAGAAGCAGAGCGGCGAAGGACAAGACCAGACUCAGCAGCAGGCGUAAUUGCAUUCUUGUGGAAACCGUUAGCUGCGUUGGGUAGAAUAUGUAGUGAUUCUGUUGUGACGAUGGCAUGCAAAUGCAAAGGAACAUUUUGCUGUUUUCGUAAAGUUUUAUGUCAUAGCAGGAAUGGUUUUUCGAGUUCAUAUACGGAGGAGUCACCAACACAAUACCCUUACCAAUAUAAAAACGCAACCGUUGGAG